UUUUCACACAUUUGUCUAGUUUUCAUCUGUCUUUUUAAAAAUAUGAUUUUUUAAAGUUGUCCCAUGUGUCCGCUCCAAAGCAACUUCUAUAUUUAGUUGUUGUCAUGUGUCGCCGUGGUCAGCUGGGAUCCCGCCGCAGGACACGCCUCUGGGCUGAAUGGAGCACGCUGUGCGUAAAGUCCGACCUGCAGCGGAUCCAAAAUAUUUACUUUUUUUAGCCCCUUUUCACCCGAUUUUUCUCAAAUAACUCUCCUCUGGAUAUUAUCGAUUCGCUCUCAGUCGAGUAAAUGCAGCGAUGACGCGGGAGGAAGAUCUCAUCCGGAUUGCAAAAAAGCUGGACAAGAUGGUGUCUAGAAAUAACACGGAGGGCGCCAUAGACCUGCUGAGGGAACUCAAAGGGUUUAAUAUGACACUCAAGCUUCUCCAGGAAACGAGGAUCGGCAUGUCCGUGAAUGGUAUCAGGAAGCACUGCACAGACGAGGAAGUCAUUGCUCUGGCAAAGGUCCUGAUAAAAGACUGGAAGAGGCUCCUUGACUCCGGCCCCUCUCACUCUGAGAAACCAUCGGAAAUCAAGAACGGCCUGGACUCCAGCAAACCAGCAGCAUCUCCCAACAGCUCGCCGUCUGAGUCCCAGAGCAGUCACAGGAGAUUGGAUGUCAACCCGAAACAGGACUCCGAUCCUGACAAAAAGCACUCCAACAAAACCAGAGAGGAAAAACAGAAGGAAGAGCACAGAAACAAAAAGAGGCACGCAAGUGACCUUGGUGGUGAAAAGCACCUGGAGGCGCCCCAGAAUGAGAAACAUCCGCAAGAAAUCAGAAAGGAGAAGCAUCGAGAAGAACUCAAGAAACAGAGACCCGCAGAGGAGGCCCCGCCGGAGACAGAUAACAAGAAACAGAAGCAUGUGCAGGACCCGCAGAGUGAGAAAAACAAGCCGGAACCAAGGAAAGAAAAGCCAUUGGAAGAACCAGGAAGGAUGAGGCACUUGGAAGACGUGAAAAGGGAGAAACACCCAGAGGAUCUCUGGAAGCACGGCCACGCGAAUGAGGCGAAGAGCAAACACAGAGAAGAAGACAGACACGAGAAGACGAUACACUCGCCACAUCGAGAGAGACGGCCGAGCGAUACUCAGCGAGACAAACCUGCUGAUGCUCACAAACCGAUAUUUGAAAGGAGAGGAGUGUUGGACAGCAGCAUUCUGUAUCCCACCCGCUUCCCCUCCCCUCCUCGACCUCCUCGUCCUCCUCGGCCCCUCCUCCCGAUCAAACGGCCCUCUGUGGACCUGAAAAAGGACAGGAAGGACGCCAAAGACCCUUCGUCCCGACAUCCUCGUCCUCACGCCCCUCGACCCGCCUCCCCCCCGGCCAAGCGACCUACGCUGGACGUAAAGAAAGAGAGGAGAAUUCCACCGGACCCGAACGCUCCCAUAGCUCCUCUUCCUCUCCACCUUCAUCCUCCUCCAGCAAGAAAAGAGCCUCCUGACCCCAACGCUCCUCUUCCUCCACUUCCUCUUCACCUCCACCCUCCACCGCUCCUGAAGCGCCCCUCACUGGACGGGAAAAAGGAGAGCAGGAAGGAGUCAUCAGACUCUAAACCUCCUUCACUGAAGAAGACGUCUGACCACGUGAAGAAAGACAGGAAGGACUCGUUGGAUGGCAAAGUGCCUAAAAAGCACUCUGAUGAGGCCAAGAGAGAAAGGAAGGAUUCAUCUGACUCUAAACCGCCUCCACCCAAAAAGCCCAGCGUGGAUGUCAAAAAAGAAAAACACAGGAAGGACUCCUGCGACUCAAAGCCUGGCCAACCUGUGAAACGUCACUCAACUGACUCCAAACCUGACAGGCGGGAGUCCACUGAUUCAAAGAAGAGCAGCUCGCCACCAGCAAAGAAACUAACAGCUGAGAGGAGAGAGUCUCACGGCUCCAAGACCUCUCAGCCUGCACCUCCGCUGAGGAAGCCCUCGACUGACAGCAUUGAAAGGAAGGGAAAAAUUGAUACCCCUAAAACUCCCACCACCCCGACCAGCCCCAUGUCGCCCGGCUUCAGUUCUGGGGGUCCUCUGUCGCCUCAAUACUCUACCGGAGUGUCCAUCAGAGACAAAUGCAUCGAGAUGCUGGCAGCCGCCCUGCGCACAGACAACGACUACAAAGAUUUUGGGACAAACUGUGACAGCAUGGCUGCAGAGAUUGAAGAUCAUAUCUACCAGGAGAUAAAAGCCACGGAUAUGAAAUACAAGAACAGAGUCCGCAGCCGCAUAAGCAACUUAAAGGACCCAAAGAACCCUGGACUUCGCAGAAACGUCCUCGCCGGAAGCAUCGAGCUGAGCCGCAUCGCCUCCAUGUCUGCUGAGGAAAUGGCCAGUGAUGAGCUGAAGCAGCUGAGGAACGUUCUCACGCAGGAGGCCAUCAGGGAGCACCAAAUGGCCAAAACUGGCGGCACCACCACUGACCUGCUGCAGUGCGGCAAGUGCAAGAAGAAGAACUGCACCUACAACCAGGUGCAGACACGCAGUGCUGAUGAGCCAAUGACCACAUUUGUUCUGUGCAAUGAGUGUGGUAACCGCUGGAAGUUCUGCUGAUGCCUUCCAGGUGAAACCACAAUAUUUUUUUUUUUCCUGAGACUAUUCACCUGCGUAUUUUCUAUAAUGGGGGGCGGGACGGGACGGGGGGGGGGGGAGUUUAUAAAUGAUUGCAGCUAGUGAUUUAAACAGAUAACGGUGUUGUCACAAUUUUUACUUGACAUUUUGAGAUUUCUAAGUGUGUGCUAAUAAUCGGGGUUUGCUUUGUAUUGAACUGAAGACUGAGCAUGAACAUCAGUUUGAUGACUGUUGGAACAAUGAAGAAUGAUCACGGUGCUGUCAUGAUUGAGCUAACAUGCUGGGUCAUAUUACAGCUGUUCACUAUGUAUAUAUCUAAUUCCAAUAAAACUGCUUCAAUCAUCAGUAUGACGGCC